AUGAAUCAUUUUGAUAUUCAAUUAAAAAAAGAAGAAAUAUAUGAAUAUAAAAUUCUUAAAUUGCUUAGAGUAAAUGGUAUUAAAUAUUAUGCUCGUCGAUUAACUUAUGAAAUUAAUAAAAAGAAAAUUUUUAUAGGAGAUGGAGAAAUAGAUUUAACUGGAAAUUAUAACGAAGUAUUUUUUGCUAUUCAAGCAAAGUAUAGAAAAGAUCAUCAUAAUGAACAAGAUAAAGAUAUUAAGAAAUUUGAUAAAGCUUUAGAAUUACAACCUAGAGAAGUAGUAGGAUUUUUUGUAACAACUAUUGAUUUUUCAACUGAAUCUAAAGAAGCAGCAUUAAAUUCUAAAAGAAAAAUAUUUUUAU